CAUUUUUGCACAGCUAAAUCACCAGAAACUGACAAUUUGAUUGAUCAAGCUCAGCCAAAUUUUAGUUUGUAUUCCUAAUUUAAAAGCAUCACUAAUUCAUCUCCGUCAACCCCAAAUGCAAUCUCAGGAAUACUUCCAAAAGAUCUGCAUGUGAUUCUAAGCAGACUUGCAUCAAUAGAGACAAAGCAGGUCAUGCAUUCACAAAUUUUGAAUUCAAUCCUUAAUGCUGUAACUCAGCAUAAAAGUUAUGAUACUUUGCCUGAAGGCAUAAAUCUUCCUCUUGAUUGUAUACAAGAAUUAAAAGAUUUUGAUGAGAAACUAAAAGAAAAUAGCACUUUCAAGUUAUUAGUUAAUCAUCUUGCUCAAAUUGGUGGAAGAAAUAUUGGUGAUACAACGCGUAGAUUGUUAAGAACACUUUUCUCAAAAGGGUUAUCGUUGCAAUUAAACUUUGCCGGUAGAAGUGGAAAAGUUGGAAUCGGCAACAUGAAAAUAACUUCUCUUAUUGUCAGUGUUGUUAAGAAGAACAAGUUAUUGAGUGACGUCACUACUUCAAGUGUUGAACAACUUGUAAAGAUUUGGCUUAGGCAGUCCUGCGACCGCGAAGUAGGCAGAAAUGAUCCAGAACGAGGGAGUAAACGAUCACACCAAAAAAAUUUAAUUCGAGACAAUCAAUUGUUAUAACUUAUAGUAAAAAUUAUAUAGUUUAACGGUUUAUUCUGAUAAAAUAUUUAAGCAUACGUUAA